GGAUUUGCAGACAAUGUGACAGCUGUAUCGGGGAUGUCCUAUAAAUUCAAGGGAGGGAUGAAGGAGGGAAAUUUGAAAAUAUUCUCAGAGAAACAAGAUGAGCCUCGAGAGAGCAGGUAGUGAAGCUUCACUGACAAGAACACGAGUGCUGAGAAGGUGCAGCUGGAGGAGGCCGCAGCUGGAACAGCCAAAACGUCUGGUCUACAAAAAGAUCAUCAAGCCACUAAUGGAAAAAAAGCGACGGGAUCGCAUUGCCUGCUGCCUGAACCAACUGAAGACUCUGCUUAUAGACAACAAUAGCCAGAGUAACAAGCCACUUCCUAAUUCUCGCAUGGACAAGGCAGCUCUUCUGGAAAUGACUGUGCAGAGGAUCCAAGCAUUGCAACUAGCAGGUAUAGUGGCAGAGGACAGGGGCUUCCACACAGGAUACUCGUACUGCGCCUCUCUUGUUCAAGCCUUCCUCAUCUCAGAGACACAGCGGCAUCCAGAAGCUCCUAGUCAAUCACAUGCAGCAUUCCAUCCCACCUGUGAGAGCACCUCACGGGCAACACCUCCACCAGCAUCUAUACCAGAAAAGGUCUUCAGCUGGAGUGAAAAGUGUCUAGCUUUUCCUGACCCCAGAGGUUGUGGAAGAUCUGCCCCUUCUGCCAGCCUGAGCAGAGCAGGGCCUCAAAUCUUCUGGCGACCUUGGUCCACCUGAGUUCUUCUUUACCCAGAGAUAAAGAGGGUGCAGGAAGCAUCCUGCAUCUCCACUGGAGCUUCUAAUUUAUUUGGCUUUAGGAAAUACUUUCAUAAAAUGGUGUCUGGAUUUUUUGCUCCAUGGAGGAAAGUAUUUGUCCUCUUUUAACAGAACAAUUCCCCAUAUCUUCUCAUCAUUUCUGUCCCUUAAGUAGGUUUUCCUUUACUUGUUUGUAGG